AUGACUGAGACUCCUCUACUGAACGUUCCCUCCUCAAACCAGAGUGAAAACAAGAGCAACUCAACUAUUUGCCUGGACUUGAAUGACUGGUGGGAAAUUGUGUACUAUAUAGUACCCAAGUAUAUCGAUACGAUCUGCGUUAUUGGAAUGCUUGGAAAUGUAUUUGUUCUCUUCAUUUAUUUACUGCACAAGGGCCCCCUGAAGAUAGCUGAAAUCUACCUUAUGAACCUAGCUGUUGCUGAUCUUAUCUUCCUCACGUGCCUCCCUUUCUGGGCAAAGACCAUCAGGAAUGAAUUUAACUGGCCGUUUGGCAAUUUCCUUUGUCGUAGCACCAGCGCAUCCAUCGGCCUCAACAUGUACACCAGCAUCUACUUGCUAGUGGCGGUCAGCGUGGAUCGCUAUUUGACUUUUGUUCAUACCUUGAACCACAGAGGGACACGGAGCAAAACUAUGGCCAAAGGGAUCUGCUUGCUCACCUGGUUCUUCGGCAUCCUUCUCAGCGUCCCAACCUUCAUGUUUCGGACUGUGAAACACUUUCCUCUGUGGAAUAUUUCAGCAUGCACUUUAGACUUCCCCACGCCAUCCUGGGUAACAGCUGAAAGCCUGGUAUUCAACAUAGUGGGGUUUGCAUUGCCAUCUACAGCAAUCAUCUUCCUUAAUUUCUCUACCAUUCGCUCCCUACAAAAACAAACAAGAGAACAAAGAGCACUCAGAACAAAGAGUUGCAAGGAGCACAAAGGCACAAAGGCUACCAGGUUGAUCUUCGCAGUGGUACUGAUGUUUCUUUUGUGCUGGACUCCUUACCAUUUUUUUGUAUUCCUUGAUAUAUUGUACCAGACAGAAGUGAUCAAAGGCUGCUUCUGGGGGGAACUGCUCAACUUUGGUGAGCAGUUUGGUUUUACUCUGGCUACCACCAACAGCUGCAUUAACCCUGUGAUUUAUGUCUUUGCUGGGAAAUACUUCAGGCAAAAGGCUUUAGAAGUUUUUUCACAGUUUAUUCCCUGUGGAUUUCCUCUGAGCUGGGUGUCAUUCAAACAAAAGUCUUCAUAUUUUAACGUGUUUCCAGUCAGGAGUAGUUUAACCUAA